AGUCUGGUGUCCGUGUCAGUGGUGUCUCAGCCAUGAACAGCCAUGAAACGCUGGCAGAUUAGUGAGAAAGUGGAAACAGAUCGUUCUUGUAAUUGAAUAAGAUAAGAAUAAAUUUAGGGUUGGCGGGGAGAGGGGCUCGAAGAAAAGCUCGAAAGCAACAGCGAUGCGGUGAACGCCGGUGACGACAGGCGAUGGCUGGGCGAAUGUCCAGUGAAGAGCGCGAGACGAACUCGCUGAGAGAUGCCGAUAACCUACCUCGUCAGAUCACGUCAACAUCCACGUCCGAGUCGAGUAACGACGUGGCUAAGGAGAAGCUGGCGAUAGAGGAACGGCUGGCUGCUAAAAUGUUUUCCUACGAAAUUAUUUGUUUUCUCUUUGCGAUCACCUUUACCGCUAUGGCUGCUCUGCACAGCUCACCACCCAAACUCUCUAAGCCUCCUGCAGCGAAACCUUUUUUCGAUCAGAAUUCUGUGAUACUGGACUUUUAUAAGGGUCACCUAGAUGCGAUGAUUGAGAGGAUAACGCAAGCGGAUUUUAGCUUUGUUAUGUAUUAUGCACCCUGGGAUGCAGAAAGUCAGGCGCUUAGACAUGAAUUUGAAAGCGUUGCACGGUUUUAUCAUCCACAGAUAUUCUUUGCAGCCAUUAAUUGUUGGCAUCCCGAUUCAGAGUGCAGAGCGCAGUAUAAUAAAAUCCAUGGUUAUCCAGUGUUGAUGCUAUAUCCAUCCAGAGAGUCUGGUAUUAAUUAUAGAGGAAUUCGUACAGCACCAUAUAUGAUUCGUUUCCUUGAUGCACUUAUGAAUCCUAUUAUUAGAAUAACACAUGAAGAACAACUAAUGGAAUUGUUGGUUGCCUAUGAUGCAGUGGUUGUUGGAUAUUUUAAUUUUACACGAUUGGAUAGAACUCCUGGAUACAAGGAGUUUUAUAAGGCCGCGAUACGAUCAUUGGAAAGAGAUCCUAAUAGAGAGUUGAUAUUUGCUAUAGUGACUAGUGCAUCAGCCAGCAAAUUGCAUUAUGGGGUAUACAAGUUUCCAUCAGCAAGGUUGCUCAUGUGGAAUGAAUCUUUAAGUUAUCCGGAGGGCAAUGAAUGGACUUCCGAAAAUAUCUUAAAUUGGAUCAGCAGUUCUGUUCAUCAACCAUCUCUUUGGCUACAGCCUCCCGGAAUCAAAGCGCUCACUCUUGCGCCCUAUCUCCGGGAAGGACCAGUUUUAUUUCUCUUUACACCACGUAAUCCGCUUCAUACAGAAAAUUAUAUUUACAAUUUGAUAAGAGAGAUCGGCUUGCAGUAUUAUAACUGUGCGGACAGUAUGUUAGUGAAGGAUAUAGUUGCACGUUUGGAAGCAAAACGACGUACAGCGGUGAUCCGACAUCUUUCUAGAAAUCAAGAAUGUGCUGAUCUAAAGAAAAACAAAACGUAUACCGAGCAAAUAAAGGAAUCAAUUGCUAGUAUAUCAAUUCAACAAUGGAUCAAUAAUAGUUGCUGUGCAAACGUGGCAAUGAAUAAAUGUCUCUUGUGUAACACAAAGGUGAUGAAUCCAUUAGAGAAGGAAAUCUGUAUAAUCAUUUCUAAAAAAAUUAAUGAUGUCUGCAAAAAUACCGAUGUAUUUACAAUUCCUGUUACGAUUGGACAGCAUGAAAAACAGAUAUAUAAUUAUAACAAGAAUUAUGUUUCAAAAUUGCAAGAAUCAAAAUUAAAGAGGCUACAUACAGGUACCGAAUAUAAAUCAUCAUUAUUGAAGGAAGAUAACGAUUCGCGAUCUGCAAGCAUGGUGAAAAGAGAUUUUUUAAAAGAUGAUUGCAAAAGAUGGCUGGCUGGAAAUGAUUAUCAUCCGUCAUUGUUCCCACGAGAUUCUUCGAGGCAGUUUAAUAUCAGUUUGAAAGAAUCAGUUUGCAAAACCAAUAAGACAUUAGCGUUGAUAGCUAUCGAUAGUCUACAUUAUUUCCACUUUGCAGAGCAUCUUGGGAUUGAUAUUUCAAAGCGGAAAAAUAAAACUACUGUCGUUAUCUUGGAUGCUUCAUUAGAAAGUCAGUAUGUCAUGCAUCAUGAAUUCAGCGAGUAUGCUCUCGUUGAUUUUAUAAAUAAUUAUACCCAAGGCUUAUUGCAACGAACAUUGCGUUCGGAUAAUUCAAGGCAUUAUAGGGUACAGAAAUUGCUUAAUGAUGACAAUAGCAAUAAUUCAGAUUUGCGUUCAAAGAUUCGUGUGCCAGAACUGUCAACAAAAACAUUUUUAGAUACUAUUUUGGAUCCAUCUAAGGACGUUGUUAUAAUGUAUCAUUCUCCUUACUGCGGAUUUUGUAACGCUAUAUCGUACGUAUAUUUGACAGUGGCAUAUUAUUUAUCCAAUAUGGAUCAUUUGACUUUUGUAAGAGUUGAUGGAGAUAACAACGAUUUACCUUGGGAAUACAGUAUGAAUCGGUUUCCAUCUAUUUUAUUCUUUCCUGCGAAAAGAAAGGAGGAUAGUACGGUGUUUCCAUUUUCUGUUCCUAUUACCAUUCCAAACUUGCUGAACUUUGUGCUAGCGAACUUGGAUGGUGAUUCCCACGUUGAAGCUCUGACCAAUAUUUGUCAGAUGGGAACUGGCGAAGUGCCGGAUAAGUGUAUCGCUAGAACUCGAAGGCUGUGCUUAGAUAUUAUCGAGCAACUUCUGCAGGAUUAUAGAAAGUUAAGACGACAUUUAAGUUUCUUAGAUAAAAAAAUCGCGCGCAAUAAACGUAAAAUCAUUCUACUUAAAUUAGAGCAUAUCAAGGACAUUCAUUUUAUUUUGGGCUCUACUGUUGAUCUUAGCAAGGAUCGGAAGAAGGCGCAAUUGAUUAAGAGAAAAUUUUUCAAAUAUUACAACACCAUUAGAUCGUUAGAAACAGAUGAGAAAAUAGAAAAACGAAGUUAUGAAUCUCAAGGUGCUGUACAUGUACCAACUGUUAAACCAACUAUUAAAUCAACUGUUAAACGAGAGAGAAUAAGAAGUGAAUUGUGAUAUAAAUUUCGCCUUAUGAAUCAAGAUACGUCCAUGUGACGAUAGAUUAGUAUUUUGAGAUACUUUCGACUAUUGGAUUUACGUCAAAUUGUAAGGAAUAAAAUUUUUGCUUGAUUAUUACUUUUUAUAAACACGAAAGACGCAAAAAUCGAAUUAAUGUAAAAAGUUCAGAACUGGUUGUAGAAUUAUCUUAGCUAUGCACGAUAGUCGAUAAUUGGUAAGAUAGUAAGUGAGAGUAUGUAUGAAAUCGAUAAAUACAAGAUUGAAUAUGAACGUCAAGAUGGAAUGUCAGUGAUGUAUAAAACUAAAGUAUCUAUUUAAGAUCUUAGAGUAGGCCCGUUCAAUAUUUUGCGAAUUAAACGUUUCUACUUCUUUAUCAUGUGAUCCAUAGUCGAUUAUUUUCCUCACAUUCGACUACAAUUGGUCAAUUCUUACGAUUUAUGACUAUUGAAGAGUAGGCUUCAUUCAACUAGAGAUGAUGAAAAAGUGGAAAUGUUUAGCUCGCGGACGAAGUAUUGAACAGACCUAUCUUAAACUUAUUCUUUAAUAGCCGUAAGCCGUAAAAAUUAAUUCAUCAUAGUCGAUUAUUCUUUUCAGAUUCGACUAUGAUUGAUUAAUUCUUAAG